AUGGCACCUGCACUAAGCGUGGCUGUGCGUAUUUGUGUGCUGGCCAUCGUGGGAAGCUGCGUGACCUGCAGUGGGGAAGGCGAGGGCUCGGUGUAUCAGCCGCUCCAGUUCUUCCUGAGCCCUGACAUGAAUCGACAAUCUGGGCCAGGAACAGGGGGGUGCGCGCAAAGGGACCCAAACUCUGACUCCUCCUGGGACGCAGAAGAAUGCGAUUCAGCAUUUUUUACUUUCCGUGAGAUUGACUGUGAGCCAAGAGGAUCCCCGGCCUGUGAAUCCAUCAUCUCACUUAAUACAGAAAAGAUUUUGAGCCAAGCCAAGUCUUUAGCUGAGCAGAAGCGACUUCCAUUUAUCACAAACGAUGAUGACACUAAUGAAGAACUAGCUAUUGGCUAUGUGUUAAUAGGCAGUGGUCUACAGGAUGAAGCCAUAAAACAUUUUUCAUCCAUGCUCCAGGAAGAACCUGAUCUUGUAAGCGCAAUUUAUGGUCGGGGAAUUGCUUAUGCCAGGAAAGGACUGCAGGAUAUAAAGAAUGCAGAACUUGCUUUGUUUGAGUUAAGUCGUGUUAUCAGCCUGGAACCAGAUCACCCAGAAGUGUUUGAGCAAAGAGCAGAAAUUUUGUCUCCUUUGGGACGCAUUAGUGAAGCACUAAGUGACCUCACAAGAGCCAUCCAGUUGCAACCGUCUGCAAGACUGUAUAGGCAUCGUGGUACCCUACACUUUAUAUCUGAGGACUAUCUGGCAGCACAGGAAGAUUUCCAGCGAUCGUUGAACCUGAAUCAAAAGCAGCCCAUUGCCGUGUUGUACAAAGGUUUGACAUUCUUUCACAGAGGGUUAUUGAAGGAAGCCAUUGACUCAUUCAAAGAAGCCUUGAAGCAGAAAGCAAAUUUCAUUGAAGCAUAUAAAAGUCUUGGUCAGGCCUAUCGAGAGCUUGGCAACUUUGAGGCAGCCAUGGAGAACUUUCAGAAGGCCUUAAUGCUAAAUCAAAAUCAUGUGCAGACUCUUCAGUUAAGAGGCAUGAUGCUGUAUCAUCAUGGGAGUUUGCAGGAGGCAUUAACAAACUUCAAGAGAUGCCUUCAGUUGGAGCCUUACAAUGAAGUGUGCCAGUACAUGAAAGGACUUAGCCAUGUGUCAAUGGGACAUUUUUAUGAAGGAAUAAAAGCUCAGACUAAAGUAAUGUUAAAUGACCCUCUGCCGGGCCAGAAAGCAAGUCAAGAAUAUUUGAAAGUAAAAUACUUAAGAGAGUACUCUCGCUAUUUACAUGCACAUCUAGACACCCCAGUAACAGAAUAUAAUAUUGAUGCUGACUUGCCUGGGAAUUUCAAGGACCACUGGGCAAAGAACUUACCAUUUUUAAUAGAAGAUUAUGAAGAACAACCAGGUUUGCAGCCACAUAUAAAGGAUGUUCUACCUCAAAAUUUUGAAAGCUACAAGCCAGAAAUACAAGAGCUUGUUUGUGUAGCAGACAGUCUUGGAUCUUUAAUGCAAUAUGAGACAUAUGGCUUCUUACCCAACAGAAGAAUUCACAGAGCAAUGGGCCUGGCUGCACUGGAAAUCAUGCAAGUCCUGCACAAAACAUGGACUAAUUCAAAAGUCCGAAUCAAUGGGAAAACCAGAUUGAUGCAGUGGAGGGAUAUGUUUGAUAUUGCUGUUAAAUGGAGAAGGAUUUCUGAUCCAGACCAGCCUGUACUUUGGUUAGAUCAGAUGCCAGCUCAGAGCCUUAUCAGGGGCUUUAACAACCACAUUAAUCUGAUCAGAGGCCAGAUCAUCAAUAUGAGAUAUCUGGACUAUUUUGACACAAUACUUGGCUUCAUAAAAGACAGGAUCCUUAUUUAUCACAGUGCCAAUAACCCAAGGGGUCUUUUAGAAGUUAAGGAAGCUCUAGAAAGAGUUAAGAAAGUAGAAGAUCUAUUGCCCAUCAUGAAGUUAAACAGCAAAACAAGAGAUGGGUUCACAGUGAACACAAAAGUUCCCAGCCUCAAAGAUGAAAGGAAAGAAUAUGAUGGAUUCACAAUAACUAUAACAGGAGAUAAAGUUGGCAACAUUUUAUUUUCAGUAGAAACUCAGACAACAGAAGAGAGAACACAACUGUACCAUGCAGAGCUCGAAGCCCUUUAUAAAGAUCUCACCACAAAAGGCAGAGUGUUGGCCUUGUCCACAGAGCUGGGGGAACCAGAUCUUGUGUGUGAAUUGAUUCUGUCGUUGGUGUAUUAUUUCUACAAUCUGAUGCCACUGUCUCGGGGAUCAAGUGUGGUAGCGUAUUCUGUCAUUAUGGGUGCUUUAAUGGCCAGUGGAAAAGAAGUCACAGGAAAAAUUCCAAAAGGAAAGCUUGUUGAUUUUGAGGCGAUGACCGCACCCAGCUCAGAAGCAUUUAGCAAGACGGCAAAAAGCUGGAUGAAUCUUAGAAGCCUCUCUACAUCCUACAAGAGUCUUCCAUCUGUAUCAGAAACCUUCCCAACACUGAGAACAAUGAUCGAGGUGCUGAACACGGAUUCCUCCCCUCGCUGUGACAAGAAGCUGUGAAAGGAGAUAUUCAUUUAUACAGGCAAUUGGCCGGGACCUUUUGCUUCUUAAGUUAUUUUUUUUUUAAAGUGCAAUUAAGAAAUUGGGUUCUUUACCACUUUUGAUACCUUUUUAUACCAAUACAAAACUUGAACAGUUUUUUCUCUAUUUGUGGGUUGAGGUCUUUCUCUCUCCCUCCCUCCCCCCAUGAAUAGGAGACAGUUGUGAGCCAACUUUUAAGUAAUGUGAAAUCAGCAAAAAAGCUAUAAAAAUAAGUUGUUGAAUGAAUGUGCUCUUACACUUUGUGUGUUUUGAAGCUACUUCAGGGUUUCAUCAUAUUAAAAAAAAAUUCUUGAA